GCUUACAGGAUCAAGUGAGAGCGCACGGCGCAUGGGUGAGCGUGUGUUUGUUUGUGUGUGUUCGGGGAGAGAGAGACACGCUGGAUCGAGCGGAGAGCAAGGAAGCCAGUCUGCCCAGCGGAGGGAGGAGAGCCAGCAGGCAGUCGAGGUUCAAACUACUCAGAGGAGGAGGAGGAGGAGGAGGGAGUCAGGCAGAGGAUGACACAGAAAGAGUUGGAGAGUUUUCACUGCUGUUGUUGAAACAACACUGAGCAGAGGUCCCUGCAGGAAGUAAAGAGAGAGAACGUCGAAGAGGACACUUUGAUGACCGGACGACCCAACACACAAGACUUCCCAGAGCCAGAACGAGAGCCUGACUCUGGAAGACCCAUGGAGGCAGAGUCCUGAUUACACACACACACACACACACACACACACACACACACCCACCGACUGCACAGAAGCUCUCCUGCGGGCCGUCCCCUCCCACACGCUCCUCUCGACCCCACACAGCCAGGCCACGGUUGCGGGAGACUUUUACUGAGAGUUGACUGAGCCCAAACGGGGGGAUUUUCUUUUGGCACUUCCAAGGUUUAUGUUGUGGAUUUCGACGUUGAUCACCCCGCGGGGGUCUGUCUUCUGAUAACCCCCCCCCCCCCCCCCCGCCCGCGCGCGCGCGCGCACACCGCCCGCCUCGGUCUUCACUUCACCCCCACUCGCCUCAAGCACUCCUCCUCGUCCUCCAGCCACGAUGAGCUGCCGGAAGCGCUGCAAGCGGGAGAUCUUCAAGUUCGCCCAGUACAUGUUCCGGCUCGUCACGGGGACCCUGAACUCGGACAGCGUGGAGGAUGAGCUGGAGCAGUCGGCAGUGCGCCACCGGCCUGAAGGCCUGGAGCAGCUGGAGGCUCAGACCCGCUUCUCCCGGAAGGAGCUCCAGAUCCUGUACCGCGGCUUCAAGAACGAAUGCCCGAGUGGAGUGGUCAACGAAGACACCUUCAAAGACAUCUACUCACAGUUCUUCCCGCAAGGAGACGCCUCGACAUAUGCACAUUUUCUGUUCAACGCCUUCGACACGGACCACAAUGGAUCUGUGAGUUUUGAGGAUUUCGUCAUGGGCCUCUCGAUCCUCCUGAGGGGAACCAUCACGGAGAAGCUCAACUGGGCCUUCAACCUGUACGACAUCAACAAGGACGGCUACAUCACCAAAGAGGAAAUGCUGGACAUCAUGAAGGCGAUCUACGACAUGAUGGGGAAGUGCACGUAUCCGGUGCUCAAAGAGGAGACACCGCAUCAACACGUGGAGAUAUUCUUCCAGAAAAUGGAUAAGAACAAAGACGGCGUGGUCACCAUCGAUGAGUUCAUCGACUGUUGCCAAAAUGACGAUAACAUCAUGCGGUCGAUGCAUCUGUUUGAAAACGUCAUCUAAACCGUGGAGAUGAUAUGACCGCCGAGGCUAUGGUGGGGGGGGGGGACGCCGUCGUGGUCUUCAUCCUCAUAAUCUUCACCCGGGCUCCACUCUGCCCGGUCUGGACUGUAGGGAGCAGACCCACGUUUCAACGUUUCACGCCCACUCGGUGGAAGCAGUCUCAAAAUGACAUUCUAUUAAUAAUUAACAUUUCUAGAUCAAUGUUCAACACUUUGUUUCAUUCCUGAAUGGUACACGUGUUGCCUGGGAGGAAUACCUUUCACAACAAGGAAUAAUUACUAUGUUUACGGUCACAUUGUGUUUCUUUGCAAGCGAUAACCCGGGUCAGCUUUCAGCAUUAUUGACCGAGGAGUUUUAUCACUAAGAUGAGUGUGUAGUUUGAGAACAAGAGUCAUAGCAAGAGAUUAUUUAUUUUUCUGUUGGCCGUAGUAUUUGCUUUGAAGGAUCAAAAUCACUGUGAUAUAAUCCAUUCAUAAUUAACAUUAAGGAAAUAACUAACGAUUAUCCUAUUGAUUUUAUAUUUGAAACUCAGUUUCCGUCAGAGUUUCAACGUUUCUGGAACAUUCUUACCAUAAGUUACACGAUGUGGUCUGUACCGUGUUCCCCAAAGUGAGCAUUCACAGAACUUAGAUUGUACAAUUUUUCAUAUUGUACAUAUUACAGAUGAUUUAAUUGCUUUAGAUAAAAACCUCUAUGAAAAACUUUUUAACUUUAUUCGUGUUUACUUGCCAACUAGAAGGAGACCGCGCAGAAAUUGUGUGAAAUCAGACCUUUCAAUUCUAACUUUAUCAACAGAAGCACAGGGAUACAUAUAAAUAUAUAUUUACCAUGAGUAUAAAAUUAAACAAUAUCUUAACCAGAGAUAGGCUGCUUUCAAUGUUUUUCAUUUAAUCUGAUGUGUAUUACCUUGAUGCAUACUUUCCGUAAUUCCUCUAUGAGUUUCAAAAGGGUUCAUUUUGCUGUUUUUCCCCGAAAGGCAAUGGCUUGAGUUUAUUUAUAUGGCAUUGUUGCCAUUGGUUAAUCGAUUGCCAGUUGUACAGUAUUACAAGCGAUUAUCUUACAGCCUUUUUAAAUGUUGGCUACACAUACUUAUUUGCGUGUUUUAGUGAGAGUGUUGUUUGAACGAUUGUUUUCAGUCAGUCUCUUACUAUGUGGUAGUUUGUAUAGGUCUCUUUCGAUCUUGGGUAAAUGUGCUUUUGGCCCCUCUCAUCCUUUUUCCUUGCCAUGUUGGUAUGGAGUACUAAUCCGAGCAGAAGGCCUGCUGGCUAAACCUUUACUUUAUUUAAUACUUGAUCUUAACAGUUGACAAAUGGCCCUCUGUCUCAAUUAGAAAACUGUAUUCAUAUAAUUUAGAUACCAGCUGUGUUGGUUCUUACAAAUGCUUUUAACCACGAAAAGUUAGUUUUUAGGAAAUGCAAACAGAUAAAACGCUAUUAAUUUCUGAAUGAGGCAUGCUCGUUAUUGAUUAAGCAUGCAUUUCCCUUUUGAGAGGAGUACUUGAAAUUGUGUUUCUGAGCAGAGGCAACGUGUUCAUUGUUAAGUCAAAAGAGAUGACUCGUCUUUUUCAUUGCGUUGUUUUGUUUUGUUUUUUAUGCCUUGACCCUUAAGGAAAUGUAAAUUUGAUCAACACAUCUCUAUUUAAAAAUUUGAUAUGUAUUUGUGUUUGUCUGAGAAAAUGGUUGAAUAUACUACGGCUGGUGUUUCAUCCCAUGACUUUCAUGUAAGACUGUUUUGGAAAUCAAAACAUUUCUGGAGGUGGUACAUUUAAAUAUUUUAUCAUAAUACUUUGCGCCUGGUUUGUUAACUCAUUUACAAAAUAUUUUCAGGCUGGACAAUUUCUUGAUAAGGGACUCAUUACCAAUCAGAAAUAGUUGUAUAACCACAUUUGUCGAUAUUUUUUUCUAGUUCAGCCCCUCACAUGAUACUAUUUUGCCCUAACAACAUUUGUUGGUUUGGGCCUGGGGUUAUUCAAGAAAAAACAAUUAAAACAGAAACAAAACUG